UUUAUUUUCAUCAAACUUACCUAUUUACGUCCUUCAUUUUUUAUAUACUGUUAUUACACUCAAAAUUAUCUACUUUAAAUUACAACAAUAACUACGUGCCACCAGGUUGUUAAGAUUUUGAUUAUUAUUUCACGUACUCCAAAUCCCACCUCACAGCAUCGGUAAGAACGGAACCAACGGAACGCAUAUAAUCAUACAUAUAUAUAUACUAUGGAUUCACAAUAUGAUGAAGGCUUUGCAUCAUCAUCAUCUAUGGAGGAUGCCCAAACCAAAGAUAUCAUUCGACGAAGGCGUGCACAAUCAUUACAUCGUAAGAAACCAUCCUUGACUUCAUCGCGACUCCCUGCUGAUCUUCUUCAAACAUUCCCUGUUGAUGCUCUCAAGAUGGCUCUUAUUGAACGUAUUUUAUGGUUAUUAUCUUUCUUGUGGACAGUUUGUCGCAUGGUUUCUCUACCCAAUUCUCCACUUAGUACAGGGGUUUUACUAGGUUGGACUACGUUGAUUUUGACUGGUCUUAGUACAUGUCAUGCUUUUUCUCGUACCAAGAAAUCAAAACAACAUAAUACAGCUGCAUCACUUGAUAAAUCUUCCACUGAAACAUCAUCCGACGAUUCUCCAAAUUCUCCACUUUCACCAGCAGCAACAGUACAAUUGGUGAACAUUGGUGAAGGUGAUCAACUCUUGCAAUCUGAUCGAAACAACAAAAUAAAAGGAUCGAAACUCAAUCAGGUACCACUUUCAGUGAUUCCACCAACCAAUCGAAUUUUUGGUGCUAGCAGAAUGGCUUUUAGAUCCAAUGCUGAUGAUGGAUUAUUAUGUGGUGUACUACUCCUUCCUAUUGUUGCGUGUGCUCAGUUGACUGGUGUCAUCUAUCAAAGAGAUACGAAUAACUUUCGUAUAGCAUUGACUCAAGCCAAAUUAGAAUUGACUUUUUUGAUGAGUCUAAUUUUUCUUAUUCUGGUCUCGGCUGAUGGAUUUUUACACCCUGUGAAACGAAUGAUAAGAAAACGUGGUCUAUUUGUAUCAAGUAUAUUGAUUUCUGGCAUCUUCACCUUUCUUAUUACUCGAUUAACGACUUUGACUCCAGUUCUUGGAUAUACACCUAUCAUCAUGACGAUUAUCUCUGUGACUACAUUCCAAUGGUCUUUAUAUCUCUGUGUUGUGGCUCUCAAGCGGUGUUUUACCUUGGGUGAAAUGUGCGUUAUCUCUGAAGGUGCUGCGGUGAUGGUACACAAAGUUCAAGAAAUGGUUUAUGCAACAUUUUAUAGUGACAAGGUACCUGAUUAUAUGAGCAUGGAAGAAAACAAGCCAGAAACUAUACUGAUUCAUGCAGUUGUCAUGGGAAUGUUGGUCAUUGGUUUUUUAUCUUAUCCACUCCUACGACGUUCUCGUAUUUUGGCUCAAAAACCGUAUUGGAGAUCCUCCACUUCUAUUGACACACUGGUAGAUAUACAACGGCGCAAGGUUAUGGUUGCGAUUUCUUUUUAUUGUCUUACUGCUACUAUUAUUGUGCUUGUUAUCAGUCCUAUUUGUGCGGCCAUGUUACACCAAAAUCCCUUUCUAUGGACACUUGAAUUCUUAUUCUCUUCUCCUCCUCGACUCUUUUUAUGUAUAUAUUGGACUAUUGCUAUUGGUAUUACGGUGAUUAUCUGGGUUCUGUUAUUAGAUUUUCCAGCUAACGAUGACCAACAACAACAAACUUUUUUUGCCUCAUCAAAGCAUUCACGAGCCAAACACUUGACAAGUGCGUUGAACAAGAAGCGAAAAUUAUUCCAUGGUUUGGCCGUGGUUAUGUUUGUUCCUGGGGUUUUGUUUGCCAAUUCAUUCCUUCAGCUUGCCUUUGGUGUUGCUCUAUCUUCGUUUAUCUAUUUAGAAUUUCUUCGUUAUUUCGCUGUUUGGCCGUAUGGAAAAAAUCUGCAUAUGUUCCUGACAGAAUUUAUCGACAAUCGUGAUUUAGGUCCUGUUAUUCUGAGUCAUAUAUAUCUCUUGGUAGGCUGCGCCGUUCCAGUAUGGCUAGGAAGUUCAAGUAUAAUAGCAAGUUUAUCAGGUAUUUUAUCCCUUGGAUUCGGGGAUGCUUUGGCUUCUAUCGUUGGAAAGCGAUUUGGACGAUUUCAGUGGCCUGGGACGAAAAAGACGGUGGAAGGUACGUUGGCUUUUAUCGUCACUGUGUAUCUUAGUGCCUUGAUCAUUACCUAUAGCUCAGCACUUAUCAGCUUGGAUGGUGUGUCAACGAUUGUGGCUUCGGCUGGCCGAAGAGAAUGGAUUCAAUACUUACUUGUAGUGACAAUGACAGGUCUACUGGAAGCAUUUUCAUUUCAAAAUGAUAAUAUUAUUAUACCAUUAUACAUGUAUGCCCUUGUCGUCCAGUGUCAAAUACUUAGUUGAAAUCAUAAUAUCAAACAUACACAUACAUAUGCACACACACACAUUUCACAUUAUAUUUUAUCCCUCUCCAUUCCCCAGCAUUGAUCUAUAUCUAUCUUUGUUUAAUACUUUUAUCAAUUCUACUACUACUACACUUCCUCUCGUUUAAUAAAAUCAUUUUGAAAAAUUUCUGUUUA